CAUGGUUCCAUGCAAUUUGCACUUUGGUCAAUCGCCGAUAGUGCUCCGUGCCGAGUCACCAGCUUACCUCUAGGCUCUUGUGGUAGUGCGAGCAAUGAGACCCAGCCACCAUACAGUUGCAGGACUCAACGUCCACCGCCUUUUGCUAAUCCUACCAACCCUCACUCAUCAUGUAAGGCAUGAACUGGACUACCAAGGGAAAACAGGGAGAUUCUGGUGACUAAACGCUUAAGCCUUCUGAAUGCGGGGGGGGUUUGAAUUGGAUCGCGUGGUCCAUGGCUCUCUUGAACUUGGCCCCGUGGUCUCCCAGAGAUUCUUCUUCAUCUCUUUGCGCUACACAUUGAAAAGAC